AUGGCAUUGAAAUCUCUUUGUUCUUUGCCAGCUUGGCAAAGUAGAAAACUUACCCCACAGAUAAGACACGAGAGUGAAUACUACUGCGUAGACAGAUGUGGACAUAAUGCUGUUUGUGUUAAGGAUGAACUUUUAAUUUGGGGAGGCUACAAUGACAAGGAGGGCUCAACAUACUGUGACUGUUCUUCCUUGUGGGUUUAUAAUCUAGAUUUGGAUGUGUGGAUGCACUACAAAGUUGCGGGGAGAGUACCAGAGAAGAGAUCUGGCGCAUGCAGCGCCCUUGUGUGGCCUUACUGGUAUAUCUUUUGUGGACACACAAUGGGGGGAAACGUUAAUGACAUGCAUCGGCUGGAUUUGAUUAAUUUAACAUGGGAGCGAGUCCGACUGAAGGAGCCUAACAUAUCACCUCGGGACAAGGCAGCAGCCUGGGUUUAUAGAAACAGGAUCUACUGUUUUGGAGGGUUUGGCAUCGCACCCUACUCAUAUUUGUGGGACAAGAGUGCUGAUGUGUUUUCAGAAGAAGCCUGGGCUGAGCGAGGGUGGAAUGAUCAAUUGUUAUAUUUUGACACAGAGAAGUGUGAGUGGGUCAGAGUCAGUUGCAAGGGGCCGAAGCCUAAAGAAAGGGCUGCACAUUCUGCUGUUUGUAUCAAUGACACAGUUUACCUCUUUGGUGGCAGACAUCAGACAGGGCGAUUAAAUGAUCUACACCUUCUUGAUUUAGAAACACACACCUGGAGUGGCAGAAUAUCAUGUAAAGGUGGCGAGCCAACUGGAAGGUCGUGGCAUACUAUGUCACAGCUCAGCAAAACAGAUUUGUUGCUCUUUGGUGGCUUUGACAAUAACAGACAGCCUUUGGAUGAUGCAUGGAAACUAGACAUAUUAUCUCUACAAUGGACUCUGUUGGUGAGCCAUACAGGACUUCCCAGAUUAUGGCACACAGCUUGUGUCAGUAUUCAGGGAGACGUUUUGAUUUUUGGAGGAUGCACCACCAAUAUUUUGGAACAUGAGUCUCCAAUGAUCACCAGUGACAAAGUACUUGUAUUCAGAGCACAGCCAUUUUCUUUAGAGAGACUUUGUCUACACACACUUGCCAAACAUCGAGACCGAACCAUCAACCAAUGGAAUGCAUUAUCUAAACCUCACCAAGAGUGGCUUUUUCUAAAAUCUUCUUCGGCAGACGAGUUCCAACCACCAUUUUAUAAAAACUGUGCAGUGUCUGUGGUAGGACCUCACCUCACCCAGUUGGCGGUGUUGUCUGAGAAGGAGGCAGAGGUCAUCAAUAGAAGUAGAUGA